AUGGCGGCGGCUCAGCCUCAGCAGGGGACUCCGAUGGCGAAAUCCACGCCGGACUGGAGCACCGGCCUCCCACCGGAGCUCCGCAAGGUCAUCGGGAAGUGCCUCGCCUCCGGCACCGACGCGGCGUCGUUCCGGUCCGUGUGCACGCCGUGGCGCGACGCCGUGCCGUUCGCGGCCUUCGCGCCGCUCCUGCUGCUCCCGUUCGGCCCGGACUCGGGGGCCGUCACGCUCUACAGCGUCGCCGAGGACAAGACGCUCUCCCUGCCGCUCCCGCCGGAGGCGCGCGGCAAGGUGCCCUGCGGCUCGUCGUGCGGGUGGCUGGCGCUCAUGGACGAGGCCGCCUCCGUCACGCUGCUCAACCCCUUCACCGGCGCCCUCGUCGAGCUCCCUCCCGCCGACGAAAACAUUGCGGCCGCCUCCACGAUGCAGACGAUGCUCGUGUCCAAGAAGGGCGGCCGGUGGGUGCUCCACCCCGAGGACGACAAUGCCAGCGCCAUCGCGCUAGACGAGAUGAGGCAAUUUUUCUUCAACGAGAUCGUGCUCUCCGCGCCGCCUGACGCCGACGGCCGAGGCUGCGUGGCCAUGGCGGUGCUCGCGGGCUCCACGGAGGUCGCCUUCUGCAGGGUCGGGGUCGACACCGCCUGGACGCUGCUGCAGACCAACCUGGAAUGCACCGUGGGCUCCGUCGUCUACUGCCAAGGGAGGUUCUUGGCGAUCGACAGCACCGGUGAGAUCUCCAUGUUCAGCGACAUCGCUAACACUGUAACUCCAACGGCGACGCCGAUGCCGUCGCUGUCGCCACCUGAGGAUCUCAGCAACCGCAGCUACCUGGAAUGGAACGGCGAGCUAUACGUGGUCGGAGCCAUGCUGGAUCUGUUCCGCUGGGGACUGAAAUUCGACUACCGCGUCGUAGUCUGCAGGUGCAGCAACCUCCUGGACCCGACGCCGGCAUGGUCCAGGGUGAAGGACGCCGGCGAUCUGACACUGUUCGUGUCGACCCAUUUCCGUCACAGCUUCGGUGGAACAAGCGUCUCCAGGUUCAAGAGGAACAGCGUCUACUUCUCGGACCCUCCGUAUGGUGAUCAAGAUUACUUGGGCCAUUCUUUGGAGAUCGCAAACAUUGCCACCGGCAAAUCGGAAGUGACGAAGCCUUUCCACCCCAAGGUGCAAGAGGGGACGUCGAACCGGAGGAAAAUCCACAAGAGGAAGCAGCUCCCGGUCCCGCUCCCGCCUGAUGCUCAACUUGAAUCUUCAGGGGAAGGCAAGCUUGAGAGGAUUUAUAUUUUGUCAGAGCUGCUGCUGCCGCCUCAUGUUGCUCCGUUUAAAGUUGGAAUAAAUAUAGCUACAAUGUAG